AUGUGGCCGGUGUCUUUGAAAGGGGGAAUGUUUUACCGACGAGGUGAGCCGGGCACCUCAUGUCUGUUCACGCACCGACCGCAUUCAAUCAACUGUUGGUCGGGGUGGCGACCAAUUAACUGCUUUUGCCUGAGAAGACGGGGGCUACCAGAUCGGUGGUGGUGGUGGUGGUGGUGUGUUUGGUGUAAAAAGUGCCAGUCUAAAACUGUAGACGAGUGUCUCUCGGACUGUCCGGCCUCAUUUGUGCAAACGAUGCACUUUUUGUACAUGAGCCGCAGUCCGAGCCCCGGUCACGACGAGCUGCGCCGCAAGGUGACGGAUGAGUUAUUGGCCGACCUGGGGUUGAGCAAUCGGGGUGCGCCUCGGUGGCCGGCUGGCGCUAAAACUCGCAGCAAAUUCGCCCAGGCAAGCGGAGGCUGGGCCGAGGGGCGGGGCGGUUGGGCGACAUGCGAGCAGGUCGCCCAACCUCGCCUCGACCUGCUCGCCCCCCUCUGCAGCCCCACGCCCCCAGACCGGACUCGAGCCAUGCACCUCUGGGCGCGUCUACACCGCCUCUCUCGCUCUCUCACAGUCCCCGAACCGUGCGGGAGACACGUGCCGAUGACUGGCCGCGCCUCGGCGGACCACCGGUACCACCAUCUCCUCCGCUUCUCCGACCCACCCGCCCACGCUUCUUCUGCCCUCCUGUACCGCCUGGACCAACAAUCGCACAACAAAGCCAUCACGACCCUCCUUCCUGAUCUGGUCACGAACUGUCGAACGGGCCAUUAA